UACGUUGGUCUACCGCAGCUUCACCUGCCUGAUGGUCUCUACAUCUUUUAUUCAUAUUUUACGCCACAUAUUUUGGGAACCUUUGGCUCAGAACUCGUCCAGCUACCUCUGAAGAUUCCUUCUGAGUCGAGCCAGGCUCAGAUGCAGGCAGCGAGUGCGGAUUCAAGGGGGCCGGAGCCCGAUCUGGAAGCCAGUGGCAUUCCUGCAGGCCUCAGGAGAAACCCCCCGAACACCGAGGCCCUUGGGAAGUUUGCCCAAAAUAUGGCAGAGAGUAUAAUCCAGCCGUGUACAAGCCAACUGGAGACGGAGGAACCUGAGGUGCCCAGUGCUAAUCAGGACCAGGAGACGUUAGGUGAAGUGUUAGCGUCGGCAGUGGUUGAGGUCGCUCUGAGGGAAGUGUGCGCUGGUUGGAACGUCGAGCGUUUCCAGAGAUCAGGCGCCGCAAAGAUGGAUGAUAACCAGGCUGGAAAAUUGUCUUUCUCAGAUAGAGACUUUCUGAACAUGGACACAGAGAUGGAUCCAGUUCAAGAACUCCAGACGUUCAGAGACAUCCUCCCACCUCUCUCCCAGUCAGGUCUCCCCAUCAUGGGAUCCCUCGACUACCCCGACGCCCCUCCGACCACCCCCCUGCUCCCCGAGCUGGAGAGGAGCCGCGACAGCUUCGCCCGGAAGCUGAAAGGCGGCCUGGCGAAGGUUUUCCUGCCCUCGCCUCCUCCGACGACCCCGAAGGAGAUAGGGGACGAUGUCGACCCCCGGGUGGAGCUCAUGGAGCACCUGAUGCACUCGCUGUCUACAGAUGAUUUGGCGAGAGACUGUUUUGAGGCAGGUGCCAAGAUGGAGGCUUUCGCUGAGGCUCUCUCGUGUCAGGUCAUAGACCGGGUCUUCAGGGCCAGAAGCACAGAGCAGCGAGCAGAUGAUGGAGAUCUUCAUCGUCUGGCCAAGCAACUGGCUGACACCAUCAUCACCUCCUCAAUGGAGGAAGCUGUCAUGUCUGUCUAGAGGGAUUCUGCCCAACAGUCCCUUUAAAUUCAACCAUCUGCUCCACAUCUCACACACUUACUGAAACCAUCUAAAUAUGCCUCCAUGAAUUAUUCCCAGAGAAAUUGAUUGAAAAUGUAUAAAAACUAAACAAAAAAAGCCAAUCUCACAAUUCUAAAUAAAGAGAAACAAUUCCUGAGUUUUGUGUGAAUCCGUCCGGGAGC